UCGAUAAUCCCCAGAAACAGAAAUGUGGGCGCUUCUGGAGCCGGGUGGGGUUGCCAGGAAGCUCGGCGGGGCCUCGCAGAAUGGAUAGGAGCCCGCCCAAAGGAGGCGCCGGGCCCAAGCCGUCGCAGGCUUGGCUCAGUGGGAAAAGUGGGCCGGGCGGGGAGAGGGGGCUGGAGAGGGGAAGAGGACUCCGAGUUCUCCUGGCGGUGGGCUGGGUCCGAGGCCCGCGGACGGCCUGCGGCGGGGCCCUGGGUUCGAGGUCGCCCGCCGCUGACCAGCUCCGUGGUUCUGGCAAGUCUCGGCCUCUCCGGCCUCAGUUUCCCUCCCGCGUGGAUCCAGAAGCCGCUUCGCAGAUCCCCGGGUGCCCUAGGAACCACAUAGUCGAAGGGCUGAGCCGUGUGGCCAGACAAGCCAGCCCCCUGCCCUCUUGCUGUGAGCUCUGCUGUUCUUAUGGGAGCCAUGAAGCUGAACGAGAGGAGUGUAGCCCACUAUGCACUGAGCGACUCCCCAGCAGACCAUACGGGCUUUCUGCGCACUUGGGGCGGGGCAGGGACUCCCCCCACUCCCAGUGGCACCGGCCGAAGGUGCUGGUUUGUUCUCAAAGGCAACCUGCUGUUCUCCUUUGAGAGCCGAGAGAGCAGGGCCCCGCUGAGCCUGGUGGUGCUGGAGGGCUGCACGGUGGAGCUGGCCGAGGCUCCAAUGUCUGAGGAGUUUGCCUUCGCCAUCCGUUUCGACGCCCCUGGUGUGCGCCCACACCUGCUUGCGGCAGAUGGGCCCGCGGCCCAGGAGGCCUGGGUGAAGGCGCUGUCCAGGGCGAGCUUUGGCUACAUGCGCCUGGUGGUGCGCGAGCUGGAGAGCCAGUUGCGAGAUGCCCGCCACAGUCUGGCCUUGCAUCGCCACUCAUCCUGGAAGGCCAUUACCAGCCGCUAUAAGCCCCAGGCUCCUGACCAUCGGCCUCCGGGCCUGGAAAACGGCCACUCCCUCUCCAAGGAUUGCAGCCCUGUGGACUUGGGUGAAGAAAGGGGCAGCAGGCCAGCAGGGCAGGGCUUGGCCGAGUUGCAGGGCCCUGCCGGCCUCUUCCUGGGCAGGAGGCAGAGCCCCCUGUUCCCUGAGACCUUCUACUUCUCUGCCUUGCACAAUUGGUAUGGCCAGGAGAUCUCGGAGCUGAGGCAGAGGUGGAUGCAGAGGGCCCGGGGGAGCCGGCCAGAACGUGAGAAGCAGGAUGGGCACUGAGCCUCGGCUCUUUGGGUUCUGCCCUUGUCCUGCUGGUCAGGACACCAGAGCCAGUGCUUCUCCAGGAAUUUAAUGUUUAUUUGUUUUAAAGUUGCUUUUGUUGAGAGGGUUCUCUCCUUCCUGCUUUUUAGGCCUCCUCCAGGCUCCAGAUCCACCUUUGUGGCUGGAGGGGGACCAAGGAAUCGUUAACUUGCAACCCCUUUGUUUCCUGAGGCCCAGAGAGGAGGGGAUGCUUGCUUAGCAACCACAGGGCCAGACCCAAGUCUCCUGACUCUGUGCUGGACUGCUCCGCUCUCAGGGAAUAUUAAUGAAAUGGAGGAAGUGGGGGGACUAUUGCAUGGCCUCAGGCUGCCCUGCCUGUUUACCUACACAACAGACUCUACAACCACAACUUCUAACACAGGGAGUCGUGUGCACAUUUAAAUACCAGAAGCUGGCUGAAAUGUUGGCUCGAGGGACUGACACUGUCAGAGAAAGUGGAUUUAUUGUCCUGGGGGUUUCUGGGGCCCAGCUCUUCCUGAGCCGUGGGAAGACUGGGCAUAGGAACUGCAGUUUGGGUGGGGCCCUUUGGAGGGGCAGGGCCUUCAGCCAACGAAGAGGGAUUGAUUCUUCUCAGCAAGUGUUGGGGCCCCCAUCUUCUCUCCCUGGCUGCCUUGUCUAUAGAUGGUGCUGGUCAUUGUCCCAAGAGGGGCUGGGAGCUUUCAAUGUCAGCAGAAAUCCUUCCUGUAUUCUGUCCUUAGCAGCCAGCUCCUGGAGCUGCCAAGUGGGAAGCCAAAGAAGCGAGGAGGCAAUGUGGCUCCCUGGGGAAACCAGGUUGUUAUUUUGGUUUUCAGUCGAGGGCAUUCUGGGAGUUUGAACACCAGGAUAAAUUCUUCCAACUGCUCCCAGAGAGCUGUUCCCAACCCUGAACCCCUCCUAGGAACUCAUUCACCAUCCUGCUUGUCAGCCAGCGUGUAUCUGCCAAGACCCUCUCACUGCUACUCUCAGCAGCAUGGCGCCAAGUGUUUUAUCGAUUGUUUUGGGAGGCAAAGUGGCUGCGUCUAGAGAGCCAGCAGCCAGACUAGCCUGAGCCCUAGAGGUGUGGCAGCAGUAGCUGGAUGGAAGAUGCAGAACCUGGUCAAGACAUCCCCCCCUCUCCACACACACAGUCUGCCCCUUCUUAGACUCUCAAUCCCUUAUUAGGGCCUUGGGUAGCCUGACCAGGGCCUACGAGGUCCAGAGGCUGUGACCGACAGCCUCUUAAGUCCAGCACGCCCAAGGCCACCAGAGUCCAGAACCAGUUCCUGCCAGGCUUGUGUCCUAAGAAGAGGGGCUACCUUCCGAACCCUGUACAGGAGUCCUACAGCCCACUGCGCCUUGUUUUCUACACAGCCACUAUAGGCUUUUAUCUUUCUUAUGGUUACAGUAUUUUUAUAUGAUUAAAACAUUAGGUUUUUAUUACUCA